UAGACGUAAAAAGUCAGCCAACUGUAUUAGUGAAACGCAUUAUUGAAUCGAAGUAAAAAGGUCAAUAAAAAAUAAAAAACUUUAUACAACGCAUUAAAGAAAAUAAUAAGACUUUAAUUAUUCAACCAGUAUUAAAAAUACUUUUAAUUUUGUGAUCAUAGACUAGUUUUAUGAUUUUUGACCUUAAUAAAUAAGUAGUUGAAUAUGUGUGACGAUAAACUUUUUGCGUCCUUUACAUGUCAACGAUGUUCCCAGCCGUUGAAGCUCGAGGACUCUCUAAAUUCAUUCAGUGAACAUAUUUCGGCAGAGCUUAACCUACCUAUACAUUCUCAACCAGACGUAGAAUUGGAGUCUCAAGCAACAAGUUUUGAUCACUAUGUACCACCUUGCAGGCUAUCAGAUUCUGGAAAUGGAGCUAAUGGUUUUAUGUUAAUCUCAGAUGAAAAUGAGGUGGAUUUACUAAGUCAUCAAUUUAAGAUCAAAGCUGCAUUAUUUGAUCAUCUUUCUGGCAGUUCCAAUAUAGAUCAUCCACUAUGUGAGGAAUGUGCGGACUAUUUAAUUGAAUUAUUGGAACAACAACUUGAAAUAACUCAAAAUGAUUAUGAUGAUUACAAUAAGCAUUAUGCAAGGUUACAAAAUGAAAAUGAUGAGCCAAAACUUCAGGAUUUAGAAAAAGCAUUGCAAGAUGUCAACGAAGAAACUCGACGUUUACUUGAAGAAUUAGAAGCCUUGCAAAAUGAGGAAAAUGAAACAAUUAAAGCUAUUGCUGAGCAACAGGAUGUUUCAAUGAGAAUCGCGCAGGAAGAAGACCGGUAUUGGAAAGAAUAUGUUAGGCAUAAGAGAGAUUGGCUUGUUGCAGAGGAUGAGGGAAAAAGUUUAGACUACCAAUUAAGUCACGUUAACAAUCAAUUGGACAAGUUGAAGAGAACAAAUGUAUUUAAUGCUACAUUUCACAUUUGGCACAAAGGACAUUUUGGAACGAUAAAUAAUUUUUGUCUGGGAAGACUGCCUUCAGCGCCUGUUGAUUGGUCAGAAAUCAAUGCAGCCUGGGGACAAACUGCUUUGUUGUUAUCUGCAUUAGCUCGAAAAAUUGAUUUAACCUUUGAGAGAUAUAGGCUAGUUCCAUAUGGAAACCAUUCUUAUAUUGAGGAUAUCCAGGAACAAAAGGAGCUUCCCCUCUAUGGCGCUGGAGGUUUCCGUUUUUUGUGGGACACAAAGUUUGAUAAUGGCAUGGUUGCCUUUUUGGAUUGUCUUCAACAAUUCCAAGCAAAAGUAGAGGAACUGGAAAAAAAUGAUAAGGUCUUUUGUUUUCCUUAUCGCACCAAUAAAGGAAAAAUCGAGGAUUCAGAUCAUGUCAGCUAUUCCAUCAAAAUUCAGCUGAACUCUGAAGAACAAUGGACCAAAGCAUUGAAAUAUAUGCUCACCAACCUAAAGUGGGGCCUCGCCUGGGUGGCAUCUCAGUUUAGUAGUGAUGGGGAAGAAAUUUCUUUAAACUUGUAGAAGGAAAUACUUUGGAAUUGUUUGUUGGCAAAAUGUGAAAUAAAAAUGCAUUGUUAAAAA